GAAGGCAGACGCCUAACUGACUGAGCCCAGGCCUCCCCCCCUUUUCUGCAGUAUGCUUUUUAACUCUGAGUCACUGUAUUGUUGCAGGAAGCUCUUGGUAUGUGUCCUUGUCAAGGGGUCUCGUCCAUCAGGUGCUCUUGUGACUUCGUGCCUAAAUCAUGGGGAGCCUCUUCCUUUUACGGUGAUGAAAAAGGCUUUCAGAGUCGAAUGCAGGGCACUGCUGACACGUGUGGGGACUGACUCCGUGGGUGCGGUGCCGCCUCGUCUCCCACGGGCUUUGCUUUGUGGUUGAGCGUCGCAUCUAUUCUAGAAGAGUGGGUUGGAGCAGGAGACUCGGGGCCUCUGGAUCAGCGCCACUUCCCUGCCCAUGUCCCCGUGGGCAACGCAGCGAGGGCUGCAUGGCCGGCUGCACGCAGGCGGGCUGUGCCCGGGGGAGGACCCCGCACCUGGAGCCCACACAGUGCCCUGCUCGUUCUCUGCAGUUGCCGCUGUUUGGACUUGGCAUAACUGAAAGCCAGUGUAAGCUCUGGACACCGACAGCCGAGUAGACGCAGACUUCUUCUGACACAGCGUUGGACUUUCAGAUGGCUGAUGGCAGGAAACCUCCGUUUCCAUUGUGCAGCGCUGACAUAGUGAGGCCCUGGCCGCCCGGGGCCUUCCUGGCCGUGUCCGGGCCUGGCCCGUCUGCCCUGGAUGGGCAGCACUCGCAGCCCCCUGUGUUCAUGUCGGGUGAACUAGAAUGUGCGGAAGCAGCCCCAGCAGAGGUGCACCAGCCCGAGGUCUCCGCGGCCGAGAAAGUGAAGCCGUGAGCGCGGGCAGCUGUCCCCGCCGGCCGCUGCAGGCUUCGCCGAGAGAGGCGGCCUCGCCCGUGACCGACGGCUGGUGCGCGCGGGGGCUUGUGUGCUUGCAGGGCAGCCGUCACUGGCGCUGGGAGCUGGGGAGGGCUGCCCUGCUCUCUGCAGGCCGGGGUUGACUGAGACCCAGCCCGGCCUCGGGAGUUUGUGUGCCCGCGGCCGCCAAAGGGACCGUGGCCGAGUCUGGAGAAGGCUGAGCGCGGCCCGUUGGUGCGGGCGCCAGGCUGGACAGAGCUGGGUGAGGCAGGUGUCCAGACCACGCUGUCGUCUGUCCGCGGUGGGCUCUGUACGUCGUGAUCGGACACGGUACCGGUCAUCGAGGCCACGGCAGGACAGGGGCCUUGGCCCUGAAGGAACGUGCAGUGUGCAGAGAAACCAUGAGGCCCGUGGCACCGAGCACGGUCUGUGAGGCCCCGGGAGACAGGUGUGCGCCAGGCCACAGAAGCUGCCCCCUCCGUCAGCUCCGUUCCGGGACGUGCGGCUCGGCGCUGCCCGUGGUUCAGACACCAUUUGCCUCUGACUGGAGAUGAUGUGAUGUUUUAUUGUAAAACUCACUCACCAUGAUGGCCACACAGACCUUGAGCAUAGACACCUAUCAGGAUGGGCAGCAGAUGCAAGUAGUAACAGAGCUAAAAACGGAGCAAGACCCCAACUGCUCUGAGCCCGAUGUGGAAGGAGUAAGCCCCCCACCUGUGGGGUCCCAGACGCCAAUGGACGCGGACAAGCAGGCCAUUUAUAGGCACCCGCUGUUUCCGUUAUUAGCUUUGCUGUUUGAAAAAUGCGAACAGUCCACGCAGGGCUCCGAAGGCACGACUUCCGCCAGCUUCGAUGUGGAUAUCGAAAAUUUUGUACGGAAGCAGGAGAAGGAAGGGAAACCCUUCUUUUGUGAAGAUCCGGAAACUGACAAUUUAAUGGUAAAAGCAAUCCAGGUUUUGCGUAUCCAUCUUCUUGAGCUGGAAAAGGUUAAUGAACUGUGCAAAGACUUCUGCAGUCGAUACAUCGCUUGUCUAAAGACGAAAAUGAACAGUGAGACUCUGCUCAGCGGAGAGCCGGGGAGCCCGUAUUCCCCCGUCCAGUCCCAGCAGAUUCAAAGCGCCAUCUCAGGCACUCUCAGCCCCCAGGGAAUCGUGGUGCCUGCAUCUGCACUGCAACAGGGGAACGUCACCAUGGCGACGGUGGCAGGUGGCACCGUGUACCAGCCCGUCACAGUCGUCACUCCUCAAGGCCAAGUAGUGACACAAGCGCUGUCGCCCGGCACGAUCAGGAUCCAGAACUCGCAGCUUCAGUUGCAGUUAAACCAAGAUCUGAGCAUCUUGCAUCAAGAUGACGGCUCCUCUAAGAAUAAACGGGGUGUUCUGCCGAAGCACGCCACCAACGUGAUGCGAUCGUGGCUCUUCCAGCACAUAGGGCACCCCUACCCGACAGAAGAUGAGAAGAAACAGAUUGCUGCUCAGACGAACUUGACACUACUCCAAGUGAACAACUGGUUCAUCAACGCCAGAAGACGGAUUCUUCAGCCCAUGCUGGAUUCUAGCUGUUCAGAAACUCCAAAAACUAAGAAGAAAACUGCUCAGAACAGACCGGUCCAGAGGUUUUGGCCCGACUCCAUUGCCUCCGGAGCCACGCAGCCGCCCCCCAGCGAGCUGGCCAUGUCUGAAGGAGCCGUCGUGACCAUCACCGCGCCCGUGAGCAUGAACGUGGACAGCCUCCAGUCCCUGUCCUCGGACGGCGCCACCCUGGCGGUGCAGCAGGUCAUGAUGGCGGAGCAGAGCGAGGACGAGUCUGUGGACAGCACGGGGGACAGUGGGGCCGCGCUGGCCCCCGCCCACAUCAGCGGCCUCGUCCUGGAGAACAGCGACUCCCUGCAGUAGGCCCCCGCGCGGCCCAGAACCGUGGGGGGGCCGGCCUGACUUCUUACAGUUUGCACGGCAAACCUUUUACACAGUUUUAUUCUACUAUGUUUUAUAUGUAGGUAGAGAAGAGCGCACUUUUGUAUUUCAUAGGACGCUUCAAGAGCGCCUCUGCUGGUGCAGCGACCUCUUUCGAGCGUGCGCGCGUGUGUGUGUGUGCGCGCGUGUGGGUUUUUAAGGAAAUUCUUUAAAGGUUUAACGCUAAGAAUGUGAUGAGUGGCGAACACCCCUGUGAGCCCCGAAUUAGAUUAAGGAAUAGUGCUGCCAUUUUCUAAAACACGAUGCAGUUUUAACUUAGUUCUGUGGCUGAAGCAGGUCUCAGUGGGCUGAUCUCUCUGUGCGGCCCACGGAUUCGAAAGAAGCUUCUGCCUCUUACAGCUGCCGGUGCCAGGCGGACGCCGCACGGCGGCAAAGUGGGCGUGGCUCCGCGGUGGGCCCUCUGAGCACACGUAGGUUCUCGCACAUUCCGUGAGCCUGUUUCAUUUGCUAUAGAUGAAAAAGAAACUCCUAUUUUUACCUUGCUGGAAUUAUUGGAUAAAAAACUAUUUUUAUAAAUUCGUUAUGAAUUGGAUGACUAUAUUGAGGAUAAAAUUUCUAGAGGAGAAACAA